CCCAGGAGCGGCUCCUUCGGGGAGGACCUGCCAGGCUCCGUGGAGCUCCCCAGCACCGUCAGGAAGGCACGGUUCUCCUCCCGGGCUCUGCCGGCUGGCUGGCAGCACCUCCUCCCGCUCAUCGGACGAGGGUGGCCCAGGCUGACCCACAUCCCGCUGCGCAGGGGCCCCUCCAGGACCUUGAGCUCUCCCGCUGACUGCAGCCGUGACCAUCGCCAUGUCAGACUAUGAGAACGAGGACCAGUGCUGGGGCGCUCUGGAGAGCUUCCGCGUGAAGCUCAUCUCCAUCAUCGACCCCUCGCGCAUCACGCCCUACCUGCGCCAGUGCAAGGUGCUGAGCCCCGACGACGAGGAGCAGGUGCUCAGUGACCCCAACCUGGUCAUCCGCAAGCGGAAAGUGGGUGUGCUCCUGGACAUCCUGCAGCGGACCGGCCACAAGGGCUACGUAGCCUUCCUCGAGAGCCUGGAGCUCUACUACCCGCGGCUCUACAAGAAGGUCACGGGCAAGGAGCCUACCCGGGUCUUCUCCAUGAUCAUCGACGCAUCGGGGGAGUCGGGCCUGACGCAGCUGCUGAUGAGCGAGGUGCUGAAGCUGCAGCGGAGGGUGCAGGAGCUGACGCAGCGGCUGGGCUCCCGGGACGAGCUGGCGGCCGAGCUGCGGCUGAAGGACGGGCUGCUCCGCAAGCACCAGGAGCGCGUGCAGCGGCUCCGGGAGGAGUGCGAGGCCGGCGCCCGCGAGCUCCGGCGCUGCAAGGAGGAGAACUACGACCUGGCCCUGCGCCUGGCCCGCCGGAGCGAGGAGAAGGGCGCCGCGCUCACGCACAGCCGCGACCUGCAGCUCGAGGUGGAGCGGCUCAAGCACUGCCUCAUGAAGGCGGAGGACGACUGCCGCGUGGAGCGCAGGAACACGCUGAAGCUGCGGCACGCCGUGGAGCAGCGGCCCAGCCAGGAGCUGGUGUGGGAGCUGCAGCAGGAGAAGACGCUGCUGCGGGCGCGUGUGCAGGAGCUGGAGGCCACCGUGCAGGAAGCGAAGCCAGACAAGAGCAGCCCCUACGUCCAGGUGCUGGAGGGGGACUGGAGGCAGGCGCUGCGGGACCACCAAGAGCAGGCCGACACCAUCCUGUCUCUGCGCAAGGCCCUGCGGCGGGGCGAGGCCCUGCACGCCCGGUGCGUGGAGGAGAAGGAGAUGUUCGAGCUGCAGUGCCUGGCCCUCCGGAAGGACUCCGAGAUGUACAAGGACCGCAUCGAGGCCGUGCUGCGGCAGAUGGAGGAGGUGGUCAGUGAGAGGGACCAGGCCAUCGCCACGCGGGAGGAGCUGCACGCACAGCACUCGAGGAGCCUGCGGGAGAAGGACGCGCUGCGGAAGCAGGUCCGGGAGCUGGCCGAGAAGGCGGACGACCUGCAGCUCCAGCUGUUCCAGCUCGAGGGCCAGCUGCUGGCUGCGGAGGGCAGGCUCAAGCGGCAACAGCUGGACGCUCUCGUCCUGAGCUCCGACCUGGAGGACAGCUCACCCAGGAACUCCCAGGAGCUCUCGCUCCCCCUGGACCUGGAGGCCAUCCAGCUCUCAGACAAAGGUGGCCCAGCCGACGGGGACAGCCCACAGCAGCCCUUUGCGGCUCUGCAGGAGGAGCAGCUUUCCUUGACCCCCAAUGACGCGGGCCCGAGCGGCGGGGAGCCCCCCGAGAAGGAGCGGCGGCGCCUCAAGGAGAGCUUCGAGAACUACCGCAGGAAGCGCGCGCUCCGGAAGAUGCAGCCCGGCGCGCGGCCGGCGGAGGCGGACUGGGAGAACACCACGGGCAGCGACAACACCGACACCGAGGGCUCCUAG